AUGUCGAGCGGCGAGUGUGACGAUAGCGAAUAUGAGGAUAUCAAAGAGUUUUUCACCACUUCAGAGUGGAAGGAACUGACUAGUGAUGAUAAAAGGUGCCACCGAAAGUCAAAGAACAACUAUGAAGCCAUACGGCGCUGCGGCGCCAACCAUGGGACCAGGACCUCCGGUCCUAAGAUCCUCGGGCUCAGCACCCCCGGGCUCAGCUCGCCCGGGCUCAGCUCGCCCGGGCUCAGCACCCCUGGGCUCAGCUCCCCCGGAAUCAGCUUCCCCGGAGUCAGCUCCCCCGGAGUCAGCUCCCCUGGAGUCAGCUCCCCCGAAGUCAGCUCCCCCGGGCUGAGCUCCCCUGGAGUCAGCUCCCCCGGGCUCGGCACCCUCGGGCUCAGCUCCCCUGGGCUCAGCACCCCCGGGCUGAGAGCCCCCCACGCCACUAAGCGGGCCGUAAGCCGGAAGACGCCGGAGCCGGAGCUGCACGAUGACGCAUUUCUCUGCAGCGAGCCCGAGCCUAGGACCACCGCGGCCCCUUGCUACCCCAAGCGGCCCGUGCGCCACAAGCCGCACAAGGAGCCGGAGCCACGGAACGACGUCCUGCUCGGCGCCGCCCCCGGGGCCAACACCUCCGAGCACAAGAACCCCCAGACCAGGACCUCCGCGGCCCCCCGCGUCCCCAAGCGGGCCGUGAGCCGCAAGGCGCGCAAGGACCCAACGCUGCAGGACGCUUCUCUCUCCGUCGCCAAGCCACCGCAUGCUGGUGCUGCUGCUGCUGGGGCUCGCGGGGAGCAAGCGCAGGGCGGACAGGACCGCGGCCAGCAGGACGCCGCCGGGAAAGCGCCCCACCGCUGUGUGACCUGCGGGGCGGCCUUCAGAAGGGCGGCCCUCCUCCGCGCCCACAUGCCGACCCAUGCCGCCGAUGGACUGAAUAGCUGUGCACACUGCGGCGUCACUUCAGCGGGUAGUACUGGCCUCCGAGGACACGCGGGGACUCACACAGGUGAAAGACCCUACAGCUGCCAGACUUGUGGAAAAAGAUUCUCUCAAAGCGCAACACUCCGUGCAAACACGAGGACUCACACAGGCGCCGCCCCCGCGGCUGGGACCUCCAGGCGCCAGACGCACGAGCCCAGAACUUUCAGGCUCAAGACGCAUGAGCCCAGGACCCCCGAGCCCAGGACCUCCAGGCUCAAGACGCACGAGCCCAGGACCUCUGCGACACCCAGCUUCACCAAACGGACCGUGACCUGGAAGAAACACAAGCAGCCGAAACCACACGACAACGCCCUCCUUUGCGCCGCAGCCGGGGCUAGGACUUCCAGGCUCAAGGCCCACCAGCCAAGGACCCCCGCGACCUCCCGCCUCCCCAAGUGGGCCGUGAACAGCAAUCCGCUCAAGGAGGCAGAGCCGCAGGACGACGCCCACCUCUGUGACUCCAAGCCGACGACUGGAGAGGGUGGAGGGGCUCGCGGAGAGCGAGCGCAGGACGGAGAGGACCGCGGCCAGCAGGACGCUGCCGGGGAGGCGCACCGACACUGCUCACUGGCUAGUGCUGACCACCGUAGACUUGCCGGGACUCGCACAGUCGAUAGACCCUACAACUGUCCGAUUUGUGGGAAAAGUUUCCCUCAAAGUCGCAACGUCAGUAGACACGUGAGGACUCACACCGACCAGAAGCCCUACGAGUGCCACACAUGCGGCAAAGGGUUCUCACGAAGAGAUAAUCUCUGUGCGCACGUAAGAACUCACACAGGUGAGAAACCCUACGAAUGCCAGACUUGUGGCAAAGAAUUCAAGCUAUCUGCCCAUCUCCAUAAGCACAUGAAAACUCACGCCGAGGAAAAACCUUACGAAUGCCAGACAUGCGGCAAAGGGUUUAGAGACAGCACAAAACUCCGUCUACAUAAGAGGACUCACACAGGUGAGAAACCUUAUGAAUGCCAGACUUGCAGCCACAGAUUCGCUAGGAGCAGCACCUGUUGA